GGUAAGGAAUACUUCAUCUAAAAGAAAUACAGUAUGCAAAAGAUGGUGUUGGCAUUGGACCUCCAUGACGAUAAAAAAUGCAAGAAAAAGGUCAUGAAGAUAGUCUCUUCAGUUGCUGGAAUUAUUGAAAUGUCACUUGUCACGGAAGAGAGGAAGUUAAUCCUAAAAGGGAACAUGGAUCCGGUAGAAGUUGUGGCCAAAUUGAGGAAGACGUACCGUACAGAGGUAGUUACAAUUGGACCUGCAGAAGAGCCUGUGAUAUCACAACCUCAAGUUACUCCUGUUGGAGUUGCUCCUGUUGAAGUUGCUCCCAUUGUCAAUGUCUAUAUGCCUUACAAUCCACACUAUCCAAGGUAUCACUAUCUUUACGAGUACGACGAGUACUACUGAUGUUUAGUUUGUGGAGGGGAAGGGGUUUUUCUAUCAUUCCAUUGUUUUUCAAUGUAGGUUAAUUUGAUUGCUUUGUAGUGUUGUACGGUUUGUACCACGUACUCAUUAGAGAGUGGGAGUUUACGUACAAAAAAAAAAAGGUACUGCAUUUAUAGCUAGUUUUAGUUACAUGCCUCUCAUUUGUAAUUUUGUAUUCAUGUGUGAUGUGUCCAUUCGAUCACUACUCACUCCCUUUGCUUCUAAAUAAAUAUAUUUUUUAUU